AGUUCUCUGCAUGUCUCCCUGGGCACAGGGACCUUGCCUGAUGUCUUAAUUAUGUGCUUUCUGCAACAGAGCUGCCAACACCACACACUCUCUCAGCACCGCCCCACCGCCCCAUGCCUCCCUGGGCCGGGCUGGCUGUUUCCCAGAGGCUGCAGGGGCUCACCCCCCAGAUGACUGCAAACAACAGCACCGCCGUGGAGGAGUUUGUCCUGCAGAGCUUCUCGGAGGAGCCUGGGCCACGCAUUCUCUUCCUGGCCGUGUUCCUCCUCCUUUACCUGGGGGCUCUUGCAGGGAACGCCCUCAUUGUCACCGCCAUCAGCUUGCACCCAGGCCUCCAUACCCCAAUGUACUUCUUUCUCACCAACCUGGCCAUUUUAGACAUUGUCUGCACCUCUACGGUUGUCCCCAAAUUGCUGGAGAACCUGGCACUCAAGGGUGGCACCAUCACCUACCAGGGCUGCAUGACCCAACUCUUCUUCCUGACCUGGUGUUUAGGGGCGGAGCUCCUGCUGCUGACGGUCAUGGCCUAUGACCGCUACGUGGCCAUCUGCCGCCCGCUGCACUACAGCAGGCUGAUGGGCCGGCCGGUCUGUGCUCUGCUGGCAGGCAGCGUGUGGGCAAUCACUGUGCUCAACACUUCUGUGCACACAGGGCUAAUGACAAGGCUGAUGUUCUGCGGCCACAAUCAGAUCCAGCAUUUUCUCUGUGAAAUCCCCACGCUGCUGCUGCUCUCCUGCAGCCCGACCACCCUGAACAACGUCAUGAUGGUCCUGGCGGACGUGUACUUUGGAGUGGUCAACUUUCUGCUCACCCUGGCGUCCUACGCCUACAUCAUCGCCAGCAUCGUGCGCAUGCGCUCCGCCACGGGCAGGCAGCGGGCCUUCUCUACUUGCUCCUCCCACCUCUUGGUGGUCACCUUGUACUACUCCACGGUCAUCUACACCUACAUCCUCCCGGGCUCUGGCUCCUCCCUGGAAAACGGCAAAGUGGUUGCCGUGCUGUACACGGCAGUCAGCCCCACCCUGAACCCCCUCAUCUACUCGCUGCGGAACAAGGAUGUCAAAGUGGCCCUCGGGAAGGUGUUUUCCUGCAUCCGUGGCCGGCAUGGACCUUGCAGGCUCACGGGCUGAUUUGAUAGUAAGACGCGGAGAGUCUGAAGUGAGAAUCAAAGAGCAAGAAGGAAGUUAAUGUGAUACACUUAGGUGAUAUGCGCUGUCCGGCAGGAACUGCCGGUUUUCCAGGUGGCUCUGAACUAAGCCUUCCAAGGCCCUAAAUGUGGAUGCUGUCGGGGCUGCAGGAGGAAGGAGGCAGGGGAGACCCAGCAGGGGCAGGAGGAAGAGCAGGACGCUGGGCCGGGUGGACCCCCUCCAGCACCUUGCAGCCUGGUUUUCUCAGCACCUGGCACCUGGAACCUUGCCUGAGGGGUGCUGCUGGCCCCUUCCCAUUCCAGAGCUGGGCUCCAGCGGUGAGGGAGUGCCCAGAGUCUGGCUGGCCCAGUGUGCACACUGCGUGGCACAUUCUGGCGUGGGCAGGUCCCUGUAUCCUGCUCUGGGCCACAUCACCCAGAGCCUGAUUCUCCCACCAGAUUCCUGUUGGUGGGAGUUCCUGGUUCUGGCACCACAGAGACUGUGACACAUGGUGGCAUCCAGCCUUCCACCUAAGGACCUGCAGCAAGAGGGGCGCUUCUACUUAUUUUUCUCCUUUCAGAAAAGGGCACAUUCAUCCUUUUACCAGGAGACAUUGCCAGAGCAGGAAAGGGUUGUUUUUGCUUCUUCACACAGAGCACUGUGGCUUAUUAUGUUAGGGGCCCCUUUCCUCCUCAGUCUCCUCGUUGUUAUUUGCCCCACCCUCUGUGCUGGCCCCUGAGAUUUGGUGUGCUUCAUGGCUUCAUGCGAGCCCCUCCUUUCCUUUAAGCCCAUAAUAAAAGCUGCAUUUCUUCUUAA